ACCGCGUUCGUGACACGAUGGCACCAGGAAGCGAUGAUGCGGCCGAGUGAGGCUCCGCCCGGCCGAGCUCCCAAAAGAGCAGGCGCGGUCGUCCCCGCCCCCCUUCAGCGCAGUCGCGCGCAGGUGACACCGAGCCGAGGACGCUCGCAGGCGAGCUUCGAACGGCAAAAGAGCGGAGAGGAGAAGACGCGUCACAUCUGCAGCGCCGACGACAAGUCCCGAGGACGACGUCGAGACCUCCGAGGCGGCCGCCAUGGCGUCGACGGGCACGCAGCUGCUGGGGAGCGGACUGUGCCUGCUGGGCUGGGCGGGCGUGAUCAUCUGCUGCCUGCUGCCCAUGUGGCGCGUGACGGCGUUCGUGGGGAGCACCAUCGUGACGUCGCAGACCAUCUGGGAAGGCAUCUGGAUGAGCUGCGUGGUCCAGAGCACGGGCCAGAUCCAGUGCAAGCCCUACGAGUCCACCUUGGCGCUGAGCGCCGACCUGCAGGCGGCCCGCGCCCUCACCGUCCUGGCGGCGGCGACCGGCGCCGCCGGCCUGCUUCUGGCUUUCGUCGGGGGCAAGUGCACCCGCUUCCUGGAGCGGGAGGGGCCCGGGCCCAAAGGCAGGGUGGCGGCGGCGGCGGGGGCGCUUCUGGUGCUGGCGGGAGCGCUGUGUUUGAUUCCCACCGCGUGGGCGGCCGGCGCCGUGGUCCGGAAGUUCUACGCCGCCUCCGUCGACGCUCAGAGGCGCGAGCUGGGCGCCUGCCUCUACGUCGGCUGGGGGGCGUCCGUCCUGCUCGUCCUGGGAGGCGGGCUGUUCAUCGGCGGGGCGCGACCCCUGGAGGCGCGCGGCGCCGACGGGGGCCCGUCCGUUCGAUACCUGAUGGUCCGAUCGUCCGCCGGCUCCCUCCGCAGGGUUCCGGCCGGGACGGUUUUCAGCGGCCCUCCCAGCUACCGGACGGCUUCCGCCAAGUCCGAGCCGACCGGCGAGGCCGCCUGGGGCCGCGUCGGACAGAACUCCGAAAGGUCCCGGGCGCCGUCCGCCGGGUCUCAGCUGAAGCGGAUGGACUCGACGCCCUCAGAGCGAAGCGACGCGCCGUCUGCCGAGUCACAGCUGAAGCCCGACGAGCGGGACCGCGCCAAGGCUUUGGACUCCGACGGGAGCCGACGUGACUCUGAGCCUUCAAAGACCUACCUCUGACCCGGACCUGCCACGCCACACAUCUGGACCGGCUCACCGGUCGACACGAACAGAUCAAAGUCCAGCCGUUGCCCUCGACCAACUGUGACCUGCGUACGCCAAAAAAGACCGAGAGCGACCGUUUCAUGACUUCCACGUCCCGCCUCCGAUGCGGACUUGCUAAACCAAGACCCGAAUCAUCGCCGACCUGGACCGACUGUCCCUUUGACAUGAACUAACUAACUAACUCCAUUUGACAGUUCAAAAUCCAGCCAUUGACCCGGACCAAUUGACAGACGUCAAAGACCUCAAGCGAGCGUUCCAUAGCAAGCCCUCCCUUUUGACCCGGAACGACUCGGCGGGUAUUUCUCCAAGACCCAAACUAAUGCUGCCCCUUUGAUGCGCAGUGAGGCUUUUCCAAGUCCUCGUCGUACCUUUGCUCCGCCUCGACUCUUCCCCGGACACUUGAAAGAACUCGACGCCCCUCGUCCUCGGCUCGGAGAGGCAACGGGAGGCGGCCUUUGAGGUUCUCUUUCGGGGCGAGCGAGGUCGGGCGGGGUCGGUCAUCGGAGGAAGCGCCGAGGUUUCACCAGCGCUUUUGGAGAGGCCGGUCUUCCGUGCUCGGGACACGUUCCGAGGAGAGGGCGUGACGAGAGCGCUCAAAGGACGACGGGGCUGGGGGCGCCGGGCAAGACGGUCGGAGGAAGACCGAAACGAGGCCCGACAGAUCCGGCGACCCCGAGCGGGUUAAAGCCCAAAGGAAACGAAGCAGAAAAGGGCAAAGAGACGCAAAGACCUUUUUGACCUGGACGAACUCUCGACGGAGCCCAAAUUGGUCUCUUGGACCCGAGCCGCCUCGAGUCGAUGUUUUCUUUGACGCCAAAGUGUCUUUGCCGUGUUCAGUGACAGGAAGCGACGCGUGACCUCCACUCUGCCAUCGUCUGCGUUUCGGUCAUAUUGGCCACUUUCAAACUGGGACGUUUUCAACCCGGAACCUCUGAAAGCAAAAAGUUUUGUGACUUGCGUUCCCUGCCCCCCCCCGGCAGACUCGUCCUCGUGACUGAGCAAGACGCGUCAACGCGCGCUCGUGGAAAAUGUCGGCAGUAAAACUUGCGGUCGUCGUUG